AUGGCCGAGGGCCGCGCCUUCUUCGACAGCUUCUUCUCCGGCGCCCUCGAGCGCGCCAACCUCGACGAUGCCAGCCUGCGGCCGUCGCCCGGCGCAGCCUCGUCCUCGGCGCACGCGCUGGCCGGAAACGGCCUCGACUGCGGCUCUGGCCGGCCCUCCGCCGCCGAGCUGGCAGCUGGCGAUGCCCUCAACGGCGCCGCAGCGUCCGAGGACGGCGACGCCGAGGAGGAGGCGCGGCGUGCCGAGGCGCAGGACCAGCUGGGCCAGAGCGCAUCGGUACCCAGCCGCGUGUCGGCGGGCCAUCGACGGCGCUGCUCAGCCGCCAGAGCAGCUUCGGCGGCACGCGCACGCCCGUCAUGGACAAGGACGGCCUCGGCUGGCCCGCCAAGGCGACGCUCGACCGCCUGAACCACACGCCGGCGCAGGCCGCGGCGAACCAGGCACGGCUGGCGGGCGCCGUGCACACCAUUCUGCAGUGUCUGGGCGAAGACCCGGACCGCGAGGGCCUGAAGCGCACGCCGGAGCGCUAUGCGAAGGCGCUGCUGUGGAUGACGCGGGGCUAUGAGGAGCGGCUGAGUGACGUCAUCUCCAACGCCGUCUUCGACGAGGACCACGACGAGAUGGUCAUUGUGCGCGACAUUGAGAUCUCGAGUCUGUGCGAGCACCAUCUGGUGCCCUUCCGCGGCAAGGUGCACAUUGGCUACCUGCCGAACCGCCUCGUCAUUGGUCUGUCGAAGCUGGCGCGCAUCGCCGAGACGUUUGCGCGCCGGCUGCAGGUGCAGGAGCGCCUGACGAAGCAGAUUGCGCUAGCCGUCGAGGAGGCCAUCCAGCCGCAGGGCGUCGCCGUCGUCGUCGAGGCGUCGCACAUGUGCAUGGAGAUGCGCGGCGUGCAGAAGGUCGGCGCCCAGACCGUGUCGAGCUGCAUGCUCGGCGUAUUCCGCAGCCAGAAGGCGACGCGCCAGGAGUUUCUGGAUCUCAUCAACAAGCCGCGAUGAAGCGGUCACAGGACGGCGUCAACCGCCAGGUCCUCUAGUCAUCUCGCUUCCCAUUCCGUACCUAGACCAGGCGCCCCCCGCGUCUGCAGCAGCGCACGCUGCCAUCCUCGCCUCGUGCUGCCUCGUUCCCGCCUCUGCCCGCUCCUCGACGUCACACAGCAUCUCUCAUCAUCGCACCUUCUUGCUCCUCAGUAUCACGUCCCGGUCCACUAGCCCACUUGUAUCACCCUCAAACGCUCAACUCGUUGCCUGCCGCAUCUGCAAGCACAUUCUAAUCAGCCAC